UUUGAAAAGUAAAUAAAGUCAAUAUGGCAUAUAAUGAUCUUUACUUGAUCUAGCAAACACAUAUAAGUUUAUGGCCCCAUCCUGUAUUUUGAAAAAUGAUAUUUUUCUCAAGAAUUGAACUAGAGACUUAUAUCCAUGAUCAUAUAACUUCUUGAGAUACAACUUAGUAAAUUUUAAACUAGCUUCUUCAAUAGUCAAACUUGUCUGUUCUUAUUUAUCUUAGAAAUUUCUUACCAUCGCGUUUGAAAAUCAGAGUAGGCUGUUACAAUUCUCCCAACCUAUCAUUAUUUGAUAGAACAUUUUAAGUCCUUGAUAUUCGUAACCUUGAGAAUUCAAUGAAGCGUUCCAGUAAGACAAGAUCGUUAUGACACACAGAGCAAUCUUAGUCGUUUACUAUACUUGCUGAAAUGAUUCAUUUAUAUAUAAACUG